AUGCCCUACCCUGACCUGUGCUCCCAGCUCCGUGACAUGCCCGCCUUGCAAAGACGGCUUUCCAGCUGUGUCAAGCCUGGCUUUGAUACAGGGACGGGCGAUGGCUCCUCGGGAUCCAAGGAUCCCAGCAAUUCAAACGCCAAAUCGAUUGUUGCCCCAGUUGUUGGAGGUGUCGUUGGUUUCGUUGCGAUAGCUCUGCUCAUCCUUUUGAUCUUUCGACAACGACGCCAACGGAGGACAGCCAACAAUGGAGGGCUAUUGGGCACAGAGAGACAUCUGGAAGAGGCCCCCGAUCCGUUCAAGUCCCAAACCAAGCGAAUGCAGGUUAGUGGCAGUGGCAAGAGUUGGUGCGAGUCAGCGGCCGAUGCAUCCAGCCGGAAGGAUGUAAUCCGCAUCGCCUACAUCCCAAGAAUUGCAAGCGAGGAUUCCACCCAGCUCCCUGAACUGGCUGCCCUCGGUGGAGGUCCCCAAGCGUCAUUUAUGGCCUCGUUCAAUGAUGCCCACAGCAAACACUCGUCAAUCGCAUCCAGCCUGUCAACAGGAACCCUGGACGAGGCUGUCGUCAUGGCCAUCGGUAACAAGGCGACUCCGCAACUCUUACGACUUCAUACCAUCAAGUCUAGCAACAGCGACAUGAUCCAACGAUCCAACACUCUCCACUCCUCCAACUCGAUCAAAAGGACGAAAUCGCAACGGAGGGUCGCCGAAGCAAACAAGUCUGCAAAACUUCAGGGGCAAGGCAACAACAACAACAAUCCAGGUGGAGAGGGGAGUCAACCCAAUGACGCCCUUGAGCAACUCCAAGCGCAACCGGAGCCAGAGCAACAGUAUACACCUGCCGUGAUGGUCACAGGUCCCUCUGCUCGGUCGUCUGCACAAUCAACAGUGUCCAACCAGCAGGCACCCAGUCUACCUAGCAUGGUUCUGGAACCCCGACCACUUCACUCAAGCUACCAUACCGACCAGUCCUCUAUACCAUCACCAGCCACUCCAGCGACACCUCCUCCUCAAACUUCGGGCGCACAGACAACAACAACCAUCCAGCAUUCCGCAUCGGCUCCCACUGCCCUUGCAUCACUCCUGGCCUCAACUUCAACAACCUUUCCCACAAUACCCUCAUCCGUCUCUGCACCACCCUCCGCACCACCCUCUGCGAUGCAUGCUUACCCUUCGCUAGUGCAGCCCUCACCAAUGUCUCCGCCAGGUGGCGGCCCAAGUCACCUAUCCCAAUCCCCUGCUGCCCCAACACGGAAUUCGACAUUCUCUACAUUGUCCGAUGGUCGGUCUACAACAACAAGGGGCGAAGGUGAAGAGAUCAUGAUCUUCUGGGACGGACAUCGUGGCUCGAAGACCUCUAACUUAUAG